UAGUAAACAGGUACACAACAACCUGACAAGAGAAAAGGUUUCAGUAUGAGGAGUAAAAGGGAAAGAAAAUGAGGAUAACAGUUCAGUUUCUUAGAUCAAAAUGUAAAGGUCCAUUGCCAGCAGCAGAAUAUAUAGACCUCUCCAAUUCUGAAAUAGUUGUAAUAGAGAAGCUAAGUAACUGUCCAAAAUUGCAAACACUUAGUCUAAGAGGAAAUAAGAUUUAUGAAGUAACAAAUCUGGAAUGCUGUCCUCAGCUGUGGAAUGUAGAUCUUAGUAGUAAUGAGAUUAAGAGUUUGGAUGGACUCUCUCGUUUUGUUGCAAUAGGAACAUUAAAUCUUUCUAACAAUGACUUAACAUGGCAUGAACUUGGGAAAAUUCGCCACAUUCACAUCCUGAACCUUAGUCUCCAUGGCAACAGUCAAAUGGAAAAAGAUCCAUAUUAUCGGAUUCAUCUUAUAGACUGCCUACCAAAUGUGUGGAUGCUGGAUGGACGUAUAAUUACAUCUGCUGAGAGACUACAAGUCAAGCACUUUUUCCAAGAUUCAGCAUUAACUUCUAAACCAAUAAGACACAAAUUGUCCAAAGAAUGGUUCAUACCUACAGCCAGAAAAAGAGUAGAUGUCAAUGGUAUCUAUGGACCAAAGGCAACCAAAGUCAUGACCAGUUUCCCAGCAAAUGGUGUGCACAAUAUAGAGAUAGACAAGAAGAGAUUAAAAUACCUUGGCUACAAUAUUCAGGAGGACUUGAUCAUAGACAAAAAGUACACAAAUAGAGAAUUCCAGGUGAUGAAGUACAGAAGUAACUUUAUUGAGGAUGGAUUAAACAGAAAUUGAGACAGAGAGAAUUAACGGAAAAAAUGUGAUCAUGUAUUAUUAUUACGACAGGCUUCUCUGGAAUUUGUACUACCAACACACCUGGUAAAGGAAACAUUUACAAGCAUACACAUGCAUGACAUACAAGUAUACUCCAUGGACCUUUUCUUCUUACCAAGAGAUGUGAGGUGUCAGUUAGUGUGUAUUUUACUGGGAGCUGUCAAGAUUGAUAAAGAUGUCAAAGAGGAUGGAGGAUUGUAUGACAAAUUGUACCUGUGCCUUUUCUACACUGUCAGUGAGCUAGUCAAACUAAGCCAUGCCUCUAAUACCAAACACUCUCCUGUCAAAUAUAAACUCAACACAUUAUAUUAUGAUUACAAAACUCUCCUAGCAUCAGAAGUGGUCCAGCUGCUGUGUAUUGUUCCAGCCUUUUUCCAAUAUGUUGCCAAAGACGUUGGUGUGAUGAACUUAGUGGUCACUGCUACUGGGGAUCAUGACAUCAAACAAAAAAUUACAGCUGUAUCCACAUCAGUGUCACAAGAAGGGGGGGAGGUAAGAAGGUUGUAUGAAGAGUUAUCAGAGCUUCUGCUACAGAAAGUCCAAGAACAGUCCCUGAAUAUCAGCAACAAAGCUCCUAAGAUGUCCAAGUGUGAUGAGAUCCUUACAUCCAGGAAAGCCUUGCCAAUAAGGAAUUCUGGGUCAGUAGGAAUGGCUGAGUUCCACGCUAAAGGGAAAACCAGUCCAGAAAAGGAUCCUCCCAGAGUACUCAGUGCCAAGAGGAGUGCUGAAAGAAAUCAAAAGAAAUUUCCUCAUCUUGGAGACCCAUUGCUUCUUGGACCACAGACCCUUGGAAAGAUUGUGUCUCUGCCUCAGCCUUUUGUUGCAUUAGUUGCCAUGGAUUCUGUGCCAGUUGCUAACGGAGCUAUGGAGAGUAAGCUAAAGGUCAGUGAGGAUCAUUAUACCUAUGUCAACAUGGAUCAGCUGAUGUGGGACGAUGCCCUGUCCUUCUGGAAACCAAAGGGGGCUAUCGGAGACAGUUUGCUCUUGGAGUUUAUUGCUACAUUUAAGUAUAAAAACAGACUGACACUACACACUGUGGAGGACUUACAACGAGAACUAGAACUAAAAGCAAACCUAGCAGACAAGACUCAGAGACCCAAUACCCCUGACUGGAUAACCUCUAAUGACCCUAACACGCCCCUCAUUUACUCCCCGAGGGUUCCUCCUGUCACCCCUCCAGAGACCCCCAAAACUAAGAGAAAGCAUGUUAGAAUUAAGCAGAGUUGCCCCCCUUUGUCCUUAAACACUACACCAAGACCAAUGUCUUCAGUUUUAAAAGACAAAUUGGACUUGAAGUUAGAAAUGAGUCGCCGGGCCAUGUCCGCAGGAGGUGCACUGGAGCGUAACCACCCCCAUCAAAAUCAGGUUCAUGUUCCAGUAGAGCAGCAGCCAACACAUACAACUCCUGAACCAGAGACAAAAGAGACGAGUACGGAGACCGAGCCCCAGGCCCAGAAGACAGAACACGAGAAGAGUGAUGCCUGUCUACACUGUGCUCUGGAAGCGGCCAUGACAGAAGACAAACACAAACAGGACAAUGAACAAGCUCCUUCUGCCGAGGGGGGACAAGAGGAGGCCAGGGAACACUUUCAAAGUGGAAAAGAAGCAGAUACCAGUGCAGAAGAACAGGUGCCCAAAAGUGAAGUUAAAUCAGAGGAAUCCUCAGGACACCCCCACCCCAGGGACCCCGAUAUCCCACCUGAGGGAGCCGUGAAAAAACAGACGUCAGAGGAGGCGCUGGCAGUCACAGGCCUGACCCUGAAGAUGCAGAAUUCAGGGGACGUCCAAGAGACACCCAGAACCAGUGGGGAGACAACAAGUCGUAGUGAGGUCAAGGGGUCAGGAGGUCAAGGGACAAAUACCAGCCGACAGACCACACCUAGGAGUGGACAGAGACCUACUUCAGGAAAGAAGAAUGUGAACACCCGACCAUACAGUGCAGUGGAUGCUUACAGGUAUAUUGUAGCUCAUCCCAAGAAACCCAGUGUGGAGACCGGUUACAACACAUCAUACCAAAGACAGAGAACAGAGGCCUGGAAACAGACAACAGGAAAACAAUCUACAAUGGAGGACGUUAUAAAGGUUUCUGUGGUACCUGUUGUAUCUAAAUCAGAAGACACCUGCACAGAACUUAGCAAUCCUAUGGAUGUGGUGAUGAUGCAGAGACAAGGAAGGAGAAAGUCUCCCCCACCCCAGAGACCAUCUUCUCCUGCUGCCAUUAUCAGAAUCCAGUCAGCCAAUCAGGACAGCCCUACUAAAAGACCAUCCAGUGCACUUCAUGUCAAGGUGGGCUCUGAUUGGCUAGCUGGAGGUCGUGAUCUUUUCUGGGAAAAUGUUCAAAGGAGGCCAAGGUCAGGACAUGUACCAGGGUGGAAGGAAGGACUUCCUGAAAGCAUGAAAAGACCUAGAUCAGCUGUAGCUAACAGAACCCUGAGGAGAUCCCGAGCCUCCACCCCAGUCACUCCCUCCUCCUUGUUGUAUGAAAGCAUGCUUCAUGGUUACCCGACUCCUAAUGGAUCCCUCCCAGAACUAACUGACCUCUCUGACUACCCCCAUCCAUCGGGCAGUCACCGCUUACGCAUGCUUGGUACCCCCCAGGGGGGACAAGCGGACUUUUACACAAUUCCACCACACGAUACUGUAUAUAGCUACAGCAACCCACCCUGCACACCUAUGUCCACUAGUGCUAAGUUAAGCUUCAUCAGUAUGCAGUGUAUUCCUGAGUCCUGGCCGGAGGAGCGGGUGGCUGGAUACAUUAACAGGCUGGAGGUCCACCAUUGAUAAGGGGGAUCCAUAAAUACAGAUAUACAUGUACAACGGACAAAUAGCCAAUCACAAGUUACCAUCUUAAAUAAUUAGAUCAAAUUUAAUUUUUUUAAGUAGCUUAUUUACUUUUAAGAUUGUUUUGAUGGUAACUGUUUACAGGUUUAUGUACAUAAAAAUAUGUAUAUGCAUACAAGUAAAAUGAACUUCUUAUUCAUUAAAAUUCUACAUACAAUUUAUGAAUUAUUUAAUCAUGUCAAAUUUUAUUUUCAUGUUUAAUUUAUGAAGAUUGAAAAUCUGUGAUAAACCUAUAUCUUGUGAUAAUUUAUAUUGUGCAGUUUAUGGGGUAAACAUACACAAACUCUUAAUUUUUUUUUGGAUUUAAUUGGUUAAUAUAUACCCACUAGUUUAUUGUAGAACAAGUUUGGAGCUGCUACAUUAAAAUGAAUAUUUUAUCUAUGAAUUAUUAAAGAACUGUUUGAUAUUAGCGUUGUUGGUUCUAUAGUUAAAGUCUGUAUAAAGUGUAUUUCUAUAAAAUGAGAAUGAAUUUUACCAAUUUAUUCAGAAAAUUUAGUCUCUUGCUUUAGCAUCAUUGAACUGUGCAUUUGUACAUAUACUCUUCAAAUGAUUGGGGUAUAAUCUGUUUGAAGGUAACGGAAUUUGUUUAGAAAAGAGAUUUUUUUGUAGAAAUUUUUAAAAAUAAAGUUUGAAAUUUUCUUGGAUUCUUAAGUAAAGCUAUUUGUAAGAACUA